AUGACUGUGGCUUGGAAUGUUAGGGGGUUAAAUAAAAUGGGAAAGCUUAGGGAGAUUAGCUCCCGUCUUCUUCAGCUUCACCCUACUAUUGCUAUUUUGCUUGAAACUAGAGUUAAGUAUGACAAAUCUAAUAAGAUCAGGGAACAACUUCACUUGAGGGGUAGAUUCCUAGAUAACUAUCAUGACCAUGCUAAUAGGGAGAAUUUGGAUAGGCUCUAUGAGAAAGACAACAUAGGAGAUUAUUUUACUUGGACUAACAAGCACAUUGUUGGUACUAUAUGUUCAAGGAUUGAUCAUGUCCUUGGUAACAUUGAUUGGCUUCAGACAAACAUUGAUGUGUCUCUUGAUAUUCUGCCCCCAAGUGUUUCUGACCACUGUCUUUUAUGCUUGAAUGAUCAUACCACCCAUAUUAGACACAAGACUCACUUCACUUUUACCAAUAGUGUGGUCCAUGUGGAGGGUUACCAUGCUGCUGUCUAUUGCUCAGGCAAAACUGAUUUGUUGCAGGCACAGGACAAUCUUAUUGUUGAUAGAAUGAACAUUGACAAGAUAGAGAAGGUCAAAGUGUGUACUGAGGCUCUUAUUCAUUGGCACGAGUUGAAUGUUCAGAUUUUGAGACAAAAAGCAAAAAUACAUUGGUUGAGAGAGGGUGAUUCCAAUUCUGCCUAUUUCCAUGCUUCCCUCAAAGCAAAGCAUCAAAGCACCAAUCUCAACAUUCUUUACAAGGAAGAUGGUACCCCUAUCAUUCAACCUGAAGAUAUUGUUCAAGAGAUGUGUAAGUACUAUAAGAAUUUGAUGGGCACUAAGGAGAACAACAUUAAGGUGGUUGAUAUUACUGCUAUGAGAAAAGGCCCUCAGCUGUCAAUGACCCAAAGAGCCAGUCUCAUUGCUCCAAUCACUGUUGAGGAAAUCAAGAAAGCUCUUAGAGGUAUUGGUGAUCUCAAAAGCCCUGGUGUAGAUGGCUAUGGAGCCAAAUUCUUCAAAACUAACUGGAACCUUAUUGAACAUGAUCUGAUAGCAGUAGUGGAGGAAUUCUUUGGUAAGAAUGUGAUGCUUAGAGCUUUCAAUGAGACUAUGGUAACCUUGAUUCCUAAACACAAUGCAGCUAAAAUAAUUAAAGAAUUUAGACCUAUUGCUGGUUGUUCCACAUUCUACAAAGUGAUUUCUAAAAUUCUCACAACCAGACUUGGAGGUGUUUUGGGCACCAUUAUUAGAAAAUUUCAAGCAGCUUUUGUCCCUGGGCAGAAAAUCCAUAACCAUAUUUUUCUGGCAGCUGAGUUACUCAAGGACUAUAAUAGGAAUAAUGGCACUCUUCGUUGUAUGGUCCAACUUGAUCUCCAAAAAGCUUAUGAUAUGGUGGAUUGGGGGUCUCUUGAAAGCAUUUUGCAGGAGGUUGGCUUGCCUAGACAGUUUGUGAGUUGGAUUAUGACAACUGUGACCACGAUUUCAUAUAGAUUCAAGAUUAAUGGGGCUUACACUGAUAGAAUGGAAGCUAGAAGGGAUAUCAGACAAGAGGAUCCCUUGUCCCCUCUUCUAUUUGUUAUCACCAUGGAAUAUCUAAACAGACUGCUAGUUCAAAUGCAGGAAAAUCCCAACUUUAAUCACCAUUCAAAAUGUGAGAGACUUCAGAUAACUAACCUCACAUUUGCUGAUGAUUUCCUGCUUUUUGCUAGGGGUGACCAGGGGUCUGUUGAGCUGAUGCAACAAACUCUUCACAUCUUCCUUGAUUCCACAGGUAGUAACACCACUAGCUGGAAGAGUCCAGUCGCUUGGGAGAAGAUUUGUAAGCCAAAGAAUAAAGGCGACCUCAGUAUUGUGGAGAUGGAGAUGUGGAAUCGCAUCUUCUUACUCAAGUUACUGUGGAAUAUCAACGCCAAGAUGGAUAGUCUAUGGGUGCGUUGGAUCCGUUCUUAUUACCUCAAGCAUGAUAAUGUGAUUAAUAGAGCUAUUAAGCCCUCUGAUGCAGGGGUGUUUAAAGCUAUCUUGCAGCAAAGGGAUCUAGUGCAAAAUGUGCAAACUUUGUGGAUGACUAUGUUACAAGACAAGAAAUGUAAUGGCAGGAAGAUUUAUAAUAUGCUGCAGGGGGGCAUUUCAAAUGGGGUGUGGUAUAAUUUGGUGCUCGACAACAAAGCUAGGCCUAUAGCAGUUUUUGCGCUUUGGAUGCUCUGUCACAGGAAGUUGCCAACUCGCAUGAGAUUGCAUCGAUGGGGAAUGAUCAACAUUACUACUUGUGUGUUUUGUGACCAAGAAGAGACUAUUGAUCACAUGUUCUUUGAUUGUGUGGUUCUAAAAAGGAUUUGGAAAGCAGUUCUUAACUGGAUGGGAAUUCACCAUGAUCCUGGUAAUUUGACGUAUGAGUUGAAUUGGCUGCUGCUGCAUUAUCGGGGUAAAGGCUGGAGAGCAGACCCUAGCUGA